AUGUCCACAAUAUACACCUCGCCGCUAUGGUCGGGUGCGCUGGGAGCUACAAGCGACAUCACAAAGCUCGUCCGAGUGAACCGAACUGGACAAGAUCUGUAUGAAGAGGCUGGGCUGGGGGGAUCUGCAGAUAUCUUCAGUGGGAAGUAUAUAAGGCAUGACGGAGGUAUGGUCAAGGUCGCCAUCAAAUCUAUACGGGCAUUCGAUUUAGACAAUGAUGCAACUACACAAAUGGAAAGACUUGAGAAGAAAUUGGCCCGUGAACUUGAAAUCUGGCGUAAUUUGAGUGGCGGGAGUAACAUUAUUGAGCUUUUGGGAAUUAUGACUGGAAUUGGUCCCCUUCCAUCGUUUGUUUGUGAGCUCUGCCCCUGGAACCUUCAGGACUAUUUAGAACGAAAAACACCACCCCCAAGACAUACGAAGAUGAUGGCCGAUACACUUCGUGGUCUCAGCUACAUGCAUGGACUCGGCUCAGGGCCGAUUGCCCACGGGGAUAUCAAAUUGAGUAACAUCCUCGUAAACUCCGAUGAGACAGCGUUGAUAUGUGAUUUUGGCCGCUCUCGUCAACCUAAUGACCGUACAGGUGAAGUUGUCUUGUCCGGCUCGUCUCCUUUUGCUGGCACGGUUCGAUAUAUGAGCCCAGAGCUACUUUUUCCAGCCUCUGCAAGACCCUCGCCGGCAGCAGACAUGUGGGCCUACGGAUGCAUCGCUCUUGAAAUACUCUGCCGUAUUCAUCCAUACAAUGAAGCAAGCAGUGAUGUGAUGGUAGCAGAACUAAUCAAAAGCGGACAUCUUCCGAGUGGCCGGCCCACUGGUCCUAGAGGCAGCCUAAUUAACGAUACCCUAUGGAGCGUGCUAUCCUCAUGCUGGCAAGCACAGGAUUGGCGUCCGACAGCGCAGGGGUUCUUAGAGGAGUUAAAUCGUAUGGUGCACAGUGGAGAAGUUCCAAGCUCACCUAUAGCUAUGGAUCUUUUCACUGCUAUCGACAACCAGCCUAUACCACCUUGGCCAUCUGACAUUAAGGACUUAAAGAAUCAAAUUAAUACUAACACACUGGUUGAACGCUCUCGUAGCCUACGAUCAACCGUCUGGAGGGCUCGUACAGUUGCUGGUCAGCCAAUAGUAGUAAAGGUUCCACGGCUCAAUGCCAGUCUUGAUAAUCAAACUCGACAUGAUCACCUAGAAAUUGUAUUUCGCAAAGUUGCUUCGAGCUGUUACGACGUCCACCACCCAAACAUUAUAGACUUUCUCGGAAUUACUUCCGGAUUUUCUCCACAUGAAGGGCUUGUUUUUGAGGCCUGCUAUCGGUGGACUCUUGCUGAGUAUCGUAAAAAAAGGAUUGUAGUACUGGAGGAGUAUACACGCUCCACAGAUCCUUAUCCAACUGCUCAUAGUCUAAUGUGUGACAUUCUCGAAGGACUAAAAUAUAUGCAUGGGUACCCAAUUCCAAUCACUCAUGGUGACCUGAGACCCGAGAACAUUUCAAUCGACGACAGCGGUAGAGCCAAAAUUAGUUUAAUGAGUUUCGGAAGGAUGCUGGCAGCGCUACCUCCUGAUGCAGCGGUGACCGGGACCAUCGAAUCAGUACUUUCAUUCCGUUGGAUGAGUCCGGAGCUCAUCAUCUCAAAUAGGCCACAACAAACCACUGAAUCAGACAUGUGGACUUUCGGAUGUGUCUGCUUCUGGCUCCUCACGCUCCUGGAGCCCUAUAGCUCAAUCGAUCGCGAUGAUCUGGCUGGAGCAGAGAUUAUACAUGGUCACUCGCCAGCUACUUUAUCGCAGGUCUACCGCAGAGAUUCCUGGACUACAAACGGACUCUGGAACACAAUAGCUAAAUGCUGGCGUCAAUCACCACUGCAGAGACCUAGUGCAACUGAUUUCAUGAAGAUUUUAACACAACUGGAAGGAAGAAAGAUAGACUGGUUACCAAUCAGCGUCAUAGACUUGGCCGGAAAAGUCCGAUUUGAUUCGUCCGCACGACAAGAGAGCAAACAAGUUGCGGAUCAUUUGUCUAUUUGGAGGAGAUUCGAUCAUGCGAAACCUGAGAUUUUGGAAGAAGCGCGCGUCAAGAUGGCUUUCUUCGAAGCCACGUAUUCGCCAAAAUGGUACUCAAAAGCCACCAGAGUCGUUAUUAAGACUGGAUUUGGUCCUGAAAGUAGCGCUAAUGCUUUGGAAGCCCUUUAUUCGACUGUACAACACGAGGUUGCCCUCAUGGAACAGAUUGAUCAUCCAUUCAUCCACAGAUUACUUGGGAUUGAUUCUAGCCUUACGCAUACGCACAUACCGGAUAUGAUAUUUGAACCUCUCCCUAGAAUAACACUCGAGUCUUUACUUAACCAAGGCGAAGCAGAUUAUGUUCGCUCCAUUCAAAUUCUCAGAGAUGUUGCUUCUGCUAUAUUAUACCUCCACGAACAUAGAGGUGGUAGUAUAGCUCACGGAGACAUACAACCGUCCAACAUUUAUAUUCUCUCCGAUGGGCGAGCCAAGCUUGCAAACCUUACUUGCGGGUUUCAGUACAUCUCGGGUCAGCCAGCCUCGAGCUCAGUUCAACAAUGGUCUGAGGCGGUUUCAACUCCGCCUCAACCGUCGUUGUAUAGUAGCCCGGAGUCCCGUGCUCCAUUCGCGUUUCCGACUAUAGCCGGGGAUGUGUGGAGUUUUGGUAUGGUCAUCCUCAGUACUUGCUCUCCUCGUUUUAGAGGAGUCGACAUCGAGCAAUAUAUGGAUCACACUGCUAGCGGUACUCCCCCGCUCGAACUGCAAGAGGCUAUUGCAGACUGUGAUGACCGGGUCCUCCCGCUUCUCCGUGAGCUACUGGUACUUGAGCCCACCAGUCGUCUGGCAAUCUCGCUAGUCCUUCCCAGGUUAUCUCAAUCAAGUUCAUUGAGUGAUCCUUAA